CAGCUGCGCUGCGCUCAAAUCUGGGAAUGAACUAGAAGUCGAGGCAAAGCAGUGUGCUAGCUAUUACGCCGAUACCGCUAAAAUGAUAUUUUAAUCGUCUUUUUUCUAAUAGGUUGCUGAUGAGGAUGUUCGAAUGGUUUGUACUACCUAAACCAACUGUAAAUUUUUGCCAGUAGCUAAGUUGGCUAACCAUAGCUAGGUCACUUACGGGCGAUUCGUAUGUUGUUUCGUGGUUGGAAACAACAUUUCUGGCACAUAGAACCUCAAACGUUUUUCAGGGGUCUCAUUGGACGCAGAUCCCCUUCGAUUUGAACCGCUUACGUUAUUUCAGUUGGAGCUGCAGCACCGCAAGUGUAUUUGCAGUUUUCUGCUCUCCCGAUUUCAGUCAGAAUACGUGAAAAUCUACGGGAUGCUUCGGCUGUAGGCGAACUUCGGACGGACUGAGCAGUUUACAAAUAAACCAGUUAACUGCUGGACUACAAGUAAAUCAUCAUCUAUCCGGAGGACGAGCCGAAGAUGUCGCAUCCUCCAUCGAAGUUUAAAAAGGAUAAAGAGAUUAUCGCAGAGUAUGAGAGUCAAGUGAAAGAGAUCCGAGCUCAGCUGGUGGAGCAGCAGAAAUGUCUGGAGCAACAGACAGACAUGCGGGUGCAGCUGCUGCAGGACCUGCAGGACUUCUUCAGGAAGAAGGCUGAGAUUGAGACGGAGUACUCCCGCAACCUAGAGAAGCUCGCAGAACGCUUCAUGGCCAAGACCAGGAGCACCAAGGACCACCAGCAAUACAAGAAAGACCAGAACCUUCUGUCCCCUGUGAAUUGUUGGUAUCUGCUGCUGAACCAGGUGCGGCGUGAGAGCAAAGACCAUGCCACACUCAGUGACAUCUACCUGAACAAUGUCAUCAUGCGCUUCAUGCAGAUCAGCGAGGACUCCACCCGCCUGCUCAAGAAGAGUAAAGAAAUAACCUUUCAGCUGCAGGAGGAUCUGAUGAAAGUCCUCAAUGAGCUCUACACGCUGACUGUGAUGGCACUUGAAGGUCAGGCAAACAUGUGGUUUGGUGAUCUUCAAGGAGUGUUUAAGAAUGUGAUGAAAACCUACCACAUGUACCACACGGAGAGCAUCAGUGCGGAGAGCAAGCUGAAGGAGUUUGAGAGACAGGAGGAACGGCAGGGCAUCCGCUCUGGAGACCCCGUGCUCAGCAUGCGAUCCGAGGACAAGCACCAGAGGCGCAGCUCUGUAAAGAAGAUUGAGAAGAUGAAGGAGAAGAGGCAGGCCAAGUACUCUGAAAACAAGCUGAAAUCGAUCAAAGCUCGGAAUGAGUAUCUGCUGACGCUGGAAGCCACUAAUUCUUCUGUCUUCAAAUAUUAUAUUCAUGACCUGUCUGACUUAAUAGAUUGCUGUGAUCUGGGCUACCACGCCUCCCUGAACCGGGCCCUUCGGACCUACCUCUCAGCCGAAUACAACCUGGAGACUUCGCGUCAUGAGGGGCUGGACAUAAUUGAGAAUGCAGUGGACAGCUUGGAUCCUCGCAGUGACCGCCAGCGCUUCAUGGAGAUGUACCCCACUGCCUUCUGCCCUCCAGCCAAAUUUGAGUUCCAGCCACACAUGGGAGAUGAGGUGUGUCAGAUCACGGCCCAGCCCCCCGUGCAAGCCGAGCUGGUGCUCCGCCUCCAGCAGCUACAGUCCCGCCUGGCCACACUGAACAUCGAGAAUGAGGAGGUCAAGAAGACCUCUGAGGCCACACUGACCACCAUACAGGACAUGGUGACUAUUGAGGAUUAUGAUGUCUCCGAGUGUUUCCAUCACAGCCGCUCCACAGAGUCAGUCAAGUCCACUGUGUCUGAGACAUACCUGAGCAAACCCAGCAUUGCCAAGAGACGCGCCAACCAACAGGAGACAGAGCAGUUCUACUUCAUGAAAUUCCGUGAGUUUCUAGAGGGCAGCAAUCUCAUUGCCAAACUCCAGGCAAAGCAUGACUUACUGAAGAGAGCCCUAGGAGAAGGGCACCGAGCAGAGUACAUGACCACAAGGCCUCCAAAUCUUCCACCUAAACCAUUUGGCACAAGGAGGUCCAGACCUCGGUCGCUUUUUAACGUUAAGCUAUUUAAUGGCAAUUUGGAGGCCUUUAUUAAGGACUCUGGGCAAGCUAUCCCACGUGUGGUAGAAAGCUGCAUUCGAUUCAUCAAUCUUUACGGCCUCCAGCAUCAAGGCAUAUUCCGUGUCUCAGGAUCUCAAGUUGAAGUCAAUGACAUUAAGAACUCAUUCGAGAGAGGUAACGACCCUCUGACGGACGACGAGAGCAACCAUGACAUUAACUCAGUGGCAGGUGUUCUCAAACUGUAUUUCCGGGGUCUGGAGAACCCCCUCUUCCCAAAGGAGAGGUUUAAUGACCUCAUCUCCUGUGUCAGAAUAGAUAACCUGUAUGAGAGAGCCCUGUAUAUUCGGAAGAUCCUUCUGACAGUUCCCAGAUCUGUACUCGUGGUCAUGCGCUACCUGUUUGCUUUCCUCAACCAUCUCUCCCAGUACAGUGACGAGAACAUGAUGGACCCCUACAACCUGGCCAUCUGCUUUGGCCCCACCCUCAUGCCCACCCCUGACACCCAGGACCAGGUGACCUGUCAGGCCCACGUUAAUGAGGUCAUCAAGACCAUCAUCAUCCACCACGAGACCAUCUUCCCUGAUGCCAAGGAGCUGGACGGGCCUGUGUAUGAGAAGUGCAUGGCUGGGGGAGACUACUGUGAGAGUCCCUUUAGUGAGCAUGGCAUUCUGGAGGAGGUGGACCAGGAUGGAGGGGUUGAGACACACACCAGUGAGGAUGAAGGUGAGCCCAUCGAAGCCAUAGCCAAGUUCGACUACGUGGGCCGUUCGGCACGCGAGCUGUCGUUCAAAAAGGGGGCGUCUCUGCUGCUCUACCAGCGGGCCUCAGACGACUGGUGGGAAGGCCGACACAACGGCAUCGACGGACUCGUGCCACACCAGUACAUCGUGGUGCAGGACAUGGAUGAUACCUUCUCAGACACUUUAAGCCAGAAGGCUGACAGUGAGACUAGCAGUGGCCAUGGAGGAGAAGAGAUGGGCUCCAGCAGGGAUCGGGGGUCCCCUUCAGAAAGGCUCCCCGACUCUUAUAUCAGCAGCCGACAGAGGAAGAGAAGUGACCCCCCCAGCCGCAGGCCCCCAGCACGGCCUGGCGAUUCCCACUGCGUGGUUCACCCCUCGCAGAGCCAUGGCAGCCACAGGACGGCGGACCUGGGCUCGCCCGUACUGGGGCACUACAGCCCCCGGGAGCUCCUGCGCAGCCGGGGCCCAGUCCCCAUUGACAGCCCCGAUAGGCGACGGCGUGCGGGCCACGGCAGCCUGACCAACAUCAGCCGCCAUGAGUCCCUCAAGAAGCUGGAGAGCCCACCCAUCCGUAGGUCCACAUCCUCGGGUCAGUACCCAGGCUUCUCCGAGGCUCAUGGCAAGGGUCUGGACCCGGAGAGCAUCGCACAGGACAUAGAGGAGACGAUGAACACGGCGCUGAACGAACUACGUGAGCUGGAGAGGCAGAGCUCAGCCAAGCAUGCUCCUGACGUGGUGCUGGACACGCUGGAGCAGAUGAAAAGUGCUCCAGGCCCAGUCGGGUCCAACGAGGUGCUGAGCCACCUCCCGGGCCUGCUGCUGCGGCCGACGCCAAUGGCCGGCGCCGAACCACCCAUGCGCCGCAGCACCAGCUCCUCCGGCGACACCCUGAGCACCUUCAAGCCCGCUGUGGCGCCGCGCAUGGGCGUGCAGCUCAAACCCCCCGCCCUACGGCCCAAGCCUUCUGUACCACUGCCAAAGCUGGGCUCGGCUCAGCCUCCAGCUCCCCCGUCCCAGGAGCCUCUGGACAAGUCGUGCACCAUGUGAGCCCACCAUGGCAAAGCACCUGCAAGAGACCCGCAGGAUGUCCUAGCAAAGGCAGAGGGCAGGACCUGCAGGGGGUGCGGUACUUUUAGUUGAUUUUAUUGUCUCUGAACAUUCUGUCUGGCUCUCAUGUGGGUAUAUAGCUUUCUCUAUAACAUUCUUUGUAGAUUCAUUAAAUGGAGUGAAAUAAUACCUGUACAACCUUGUCCAAUACACAAACUCUCCACUGUACAGCUCUUUUUCAGUGGUAAAACUGUAUGAGCCUCACAGCUGAACUGACCCUAGACCAUUGGAAAAUGUAGCCCAUGGGCAAAGUCUAGAGGGGUCACAGACAGGGAUGUUUACGUACUGAUGUAAACUAUAUGAUAAUAAUAAUUAUACAGGUUAGUAAUAAACCUUUUGUUUCUCAGCAUCUACAUGUACUUUUCGGCUCUUUGGUGUUCAUCAAUAAAUGAAGAAUUAUUUGGUCUGAUUCUUAUGCAAAAUAGGUGCAGUCUGUAGAAAGCAGCUAAUGAUGUGCAUCUGAUAACUUCUUGCAUGUACAUAGAACAUCUUAGUUCUUCAGUAAUUAUCAGUAUGAAUAUAUAAAACUGUAACAAGAUCAAGAAACUAUGAUACAAAAGAAAGCAACAAAUCACGAAGGCUUCCUGUGUGAUUAGAAUAACUUGAUGUUGGUAGUUUACAUCCACUAGAGGACUGCUAAAUGUGAAUAAUACAGAAACAAAGCAGGCUCUGUUGUUUCUCUGUUUACAGCCUUGGAGUUGUGGGAAAAGUAGUUUCUAUGUCUUACUUGGACCUGAGCCUACAGUUGAUGAGUUUAUAAACAAUGAAUGUGGUUUACUGGUAGCAAAGCAGCACUGCCACAUAAACUAAUUUUGUCUUUUUCAAUAAGGCUGCUAAUUUCUCAUUCUGAAAGGAAGUUGGAUUUUUUAGGCCAAGUAAAGUAGUAUGUGCAAGACCUUACCUUGAAUAUUAUAUUUUUGAUAGUAAUUAAAGUAAUAUCUGUAUACUCAGUUAUCCUCUAUAACAAAGUUAAAUAGCCUUGAUUUCUCUAGAGCAGUUUCUCAGUUUAGUACUGUAAUUAAUUUUACUCUUGCCAUGAAUGGAAUAUAGAACAUUAGUAAUAAGAAAUACAACUGCUGAAAAAAAAAAAUCUGCUUUGCUUUUUCACAACUUUUGCCAUCACUAAGAAUACCAGUCUCCCCAGUCAUGCAUUCUGAACUGUUUUGUGAGUCAGUCUUGUGCACAAGUCAAAUGCAACUCCACUCAACUUUAAUAAACACCCAUGCAGCCCUUUAGAGAAAUGGUACAGAACGUCAGUGGCCUCACUGUCAGAAAUGCUUCUCUCUCUCUCUCUCUCUGAGUUAAGGCCUCAUACCUGUAGAGCAUGUAGAGCAAUUCUAUUACUUUACUUAUGCAAGUAACUUUUUAAAGUCUUUAUAAAAGACUUCAAAAAGACUCAAGGCAAUAUUUCUAUAGUUUUACCAAACAAAGGAAUGAUGCCAAUAGCCAUGGACUCACCGACUGUUACUGUAAAAUUUCCAUGUUAUCAUCAACACUAAGCUUUUUGAAAAUAACAUGUCUGAAGUGUAUUGUAAUAAAAAUUUCACAAUGAUUCUAAAAGACACGCUGUAAAUGUAUAGUGUUCCUUAGACAUUUAUGUAUGUGCAUAAAUUGGCCAUUGUCAAGAAUGGUUACCAAGUGUUAAUUUGCAUAGAUCAUAUUUGACAUUCGUAAUUGGAUAUUAUUGAAUAUUGGUAAUACUAAUAAAGGUAAAUUUGUUAAGCACAGUGAAUAAAAUCAAAACACUGCUGGCAUUGGUGGAGCACAAAGGAGACUGUGUGUGUGUGUGUGUGUGUGUGUGUGUGUGUGUGUGUUUGUUUGACAACCAUACAUUUUAGUUUAUGUACAAGUGUGAAUCGUCUCUUGUUGAACUAAUAUUGCAAGCUAGACAAGAGAAAUAAAAGUAAUCUUUUGCUUGCAUUUCAUUAUGUAUUUUAAACAUGACUUAUUUUGCCUUUUGAAAUGCUAUUACAUUGUAAUGAUAACAUUUUAAUAUAGGUUUCUUUUUGUAAGAUGGUGCAUUGCAGGCAGAAAAGGCUUUAUUAGAUUGCAUAUUGGUUUCAGGAUUUCAUAUGGGCCUUAGGAAAUGACGUAUCCCUACGUAACUGUACUUAGUAGCAGAACCUCUACUUGACUGCUGUUCUGUCAGUGUGUCUAUGUACCUCUGUUGUAUGGAGUUGUGAAAGUGCCUUUAAAAUCUAUUUUAGAGGAACUUCAAACAAAUGUUCUCUGUGCUGUUGCGUUCAUGCUUCAGAACCAGUGCAGUGCUUAGGAAAAGAUGGUGAAUACAUUAUAAAUUAGUAAGAAAGAUCAAAUUAAGAAAUUGCUUAUUCAUAAUGAUGUUGCACUUUUAUGUAUAGGACUGUAUAUUUGGCAUGUAACAUCUAACAAGUGGUAGAGCUCUGUGGGGCCUGUUCCCUGUAGUGUGUGUUUCUAAUAAAGAACAUAGUUUGGUCA